GUUUGGUUGAAAUUGGCUUAGUGGUUCUGGAGAAGAAGUCGAAAGUAUGAAAAGUUUACAGACAGACGACGGACAACAGGUGAUCAGCAAAGCUCACAUGCAAUACAAAUUGAGAAGAUCAAAUGUUGCAACGUUUCAAAUGACAUGAUAAAGUGUCAUAAAUAUGUUAAGUCUACUUAGUUAAGUUACUAUUAUGCAAAAAAUAAAAAAAAAUGUCAUGUAAAAAUAAAGAGAUGACUAAGAUAAAACACAACGGAAAUAAUGUAAAAUCGGACAUGGGACUUAUUUCCGCAUUAAAGCCUUGUAUACACAGAUAUUUGUAUAUUAGAAUAGCCGACGAUGCUGCAUAAAUGAACAAUACUACAGUGGAGGUCAGUGAGACUGACCAUUCCGGCCUAGAUGUGACCGGAUACAGGCUGGCGCACGGUUACGUCAGCGGCACACUCUGCUUCGUCGGAAUCGUUUUCAAUAUCUGUAAUGCCAUCGUUUGGUCCCGAAGAAACAUGCGCACUUCCACCAACCUCCUGCUGACCAUACUCUCGGUAGCGGACGGGAUUUCCGUCUUCAUGUACUUUUUGUACGUGACUUAUUACUUUACUGCCACUGGACCAAGUGAACUAAUCUACCAUUCCAAAGCUGGGAUGUACUUAGUUGUCGUCUGCUUCCACCAGUUCAUCGCCUUCCACACGCUCUCUAAUUGGAUAACCAUAUCGCUGGCUAUUUUUCGUUACCUUAAGGUCUGCCAUCCUAACUUAGGAAAGAAAAUUUGCACCAAGAAGAGAGCACGGUUGACCAUCGGUAUCGUUUUCAUUGCAACAAACCUCGCCACCAUUCCCUUCUAUUUGUACUACGAGGUUUUUGAUAUGGCGGAAAAUGGUGGGAAUUUUACAGAAUUUUGGAUUCGGAAGACGACCUUUGCUGUAACCCAUGUCGAUUAUCAGACUACCCUGGCGUGGGUUUAUGGCGUGGUUUUUAAGGUGGGUCCAAGCGUAUCCAUGUGUUUUCUUUGUGCGUUGAUGAUAAGAGAGUUACGUCAAGCGGAUAAUCGGAGAGCCAAUAUGUCAACUACUAGAAGCAAUGAAACGAGGAGAAUACCCAGUGGAUACUAUAGAACAACCGUCAUGCUAGUGGUAGUCGUCCUGAUAUACGUGCUGACAGAGCUGCCAAUCGGAAUAGUCUCGUUUGUAUCAGGACUGAGGUACACUGAGAGCCAUUUCUUUUAUUUUCUCUUAUAUUCCUAUGUUGGAGAUUUGCUAGAUACACUCACUGUCAUCAAUGGGACCGUAAAUUUGGUAGUGUAUUAUACGAUGAGCAGACAAUACCGAAUUGAAUUCAAGAUAACCAUUUUGGGGAAAUUCUUCAAGCGAUUUGCUGACUUUGAAACCACUGGAGUUAGCAGCACAGACAAUACCAAGAAUCUAGAAUUAUCCAAAUCUUCUGAAGACAUUUUGUCACGUGACAAAAGACGCAAUGAAAACCUUGAAAGUAUGGAGAUGACAGAAAAUGAAAAGUCUGCAAUGUUUUCUCAUAUCGAUGUCUAAAUGCUCGACGAUUACCACAUCGGUUUUAUACCAAUAUCCUGCUGAAAUCUCUAGACAGUGUAAAUGGUUUCUAUAAUCACUAGACACACAUUUAGUUCUUGAAAUCACUAUACAUAGUAAUUAGUUCAUUUCAGGGGAAUACAAUCAUCACUAGAUAUUGUAAACAAGUUAUUCAGUAUAUAAUUUUCUUAUUUUUAUGGAAUAUUCAUUUAGACACUGAAUCACGAAUGCACUGCAGAUUCACUUGAAAUUGAAAUAUCAAGAUUUAGAAUUCUAUGACUUUUGAAUUGUUUGAUUUCAGUAAUUCUUUUAUUUUCUCUCAUAUUGUUAUCUUGAGGAUUUGCUAUUGCCAUUAAUGUCACUGUCAUUUUGCAAGUAUAUUUAAUCACUCUUACACUAGUUCUCUGUAUGAGUCUCAUUAAUUAGGUCAAUAUUUGCAUAUAAUUCUAUUGGUUCCAAUACUUUGAUAUCGUAAUAAUGAUGGUAAUUUCAUCAUGGAAUGUCGAACGUUCAUUUGGACCACAAUUUAAAACAAAGGAUUCUGAAUUUUAAAAAAUCUAAUAUUAAGAAGGAAAUGCUUUCAAUUUAGUUGAUAGUUUCGGAUGAUUGAUUGAUUGAUUGAUGUUUUCCGUCACACUCAACAAUUUUUCAGUUAUAUGGUGGCACCCAGUGUUUAUUGGUGGAAGAGAGAACCCAGAUACAAUGUACCUGGGAAGAGACCACCCACCUUCUGAAAGUAAACUGGAAAACUUUCUCACUUACCGGCGCGAGCGGGAUUCGAACCCGCGCCGACAGAGGUGAGAGGCCGUGUGAUUUUGAGCGUGAUGCUCUAACCACUCUGCCACGGAGACCCUUUGAAGGAAUAUAGAUAUUUGUUUCUUGCGUGAAAUCGACGGAAACCGAGAAAUAAUUAUCCUGGUAUGACUAUAAGAAUAGCGACGAGGAAGCUACUUAAUGUAUAUUUAUAGGCUGACGUUCCGGAUUCGACAAUAAGCAUAACUCGGAGGAGGUCGUUAACAUACGUAUUUAUAUGACGUACUUCCUGUAAAAAUUCUUUAAGGUUCACAUUGUAGGACUAAUGGCCGUAUGAAGAGAAAUGGCUAUUCUUAUACAUCAAUAUGUUUAUCAAAAUAUAUGAAUGAUAUAUAUUAGUCAAGGGUGUGUCUUCAGCCGUAUAAGCGAGAAGACGGUGCUAUUUUUCUUUUAAGUAAUUGUCAUAGAAGCAGUGUGACUCUAAUAAAAAAAAAGUUAGACCGUGUAGAAAUGUUAGGAGUGAAUAUAGGAUGUUCCAGCAACCGGAGUAAUAAUCAGCAUAGAAAUCAGAUAACAUGACAUAACAUUGCUGAUUACAUAAUAUACUAUGUUGCUUACAUAUUAUAACACUGCUGAUCGCAAAAUAUAACAUUGUUGAUU